AUGCGAGCCCAUCGUCAUCUCGCGCAUCUCCAGGGGAUAAAGCAAGGAGGUGGCCUUGAGAACAAGCCCCAACAGCGCUGGUUCCCAUGUACUCUCCCUUUUUUUGUGUAUCUCACAGCACGACGUCUUAUAUGGAGGAUUGAGGUAGGAUGA